AACGAACUGAAUGUGCAACGCUUUUUGAAGUUAGUCCUUCGCUACUACCGGUAGAGAGACGGAGGGGGGAGUACCCAUCAUGGCUGCUACAGUGGUGAAGUUGGCAGCGGUACCCGCCGCGCUGGGACUAGCCUCGAUCCGCGUCUACGCCAUGAGUGAAGAGAGAACCCAGCUGCUCUCCCCCAGAGAGCUGUCGAUAUACGCCCCAGACCCCCCGGCCAUGCGCUACGUGGAGGAGGAGCCAGGGCUGCUACAGAGAGGCCUGGGUGUGGUGCGGGUGGGGCUGCAGCCCUACGUCAGAGGAGUGAAGGGUGCGUACGCCUCUGCCAAAUCUGGGGUUGUGACAGUGUAUCGCGCUGGACAAGAUACCUAUCACUUCCUUAGAAACCCCCCUCCAGGCUUCCUGCCCAGGGUCAGUGUGAUCGGAGUCUCCGGCCUCGCUGGGCUAAUCCUGGCAAGGAAAGGGUCCCAUCUCAAGAGAAUAGGUGUUCCCCUGGGAAUGACCACAUUAGGGACCGCAGUUUGCUACCCCACUCAAACCGUGGGCAUCUUAAAGGUCACUGGGACAAAGAUGUACUCCGCCAGCCAGUGGACCACCUCAUCGGUGGCGUCAGUAUUUAAAUCAAAACCCAAAGAGCCAGCUGUCAGUCUGGAGCAAGCUUCACCAGUUCCAGUUUCUGAACCAGAAGGGCCGCCUCUCAAGUCUCUCCCUGGUGCUGGAUCGACUGAAGCAGCCUCGCCUGCUGUGGACGACCUCCCCUCCUCUGAGCCCAGCUCUGCCCCGCCUGCUGUGGACGACCUCCCCUCCUCUGAGCCCAGCUCAGCCUCGCCUGCUGUGGACGACCUCCCCUCCUCUGAGCCCAGCUCAGCCUCGCCUGCUGUGGACGACCUCCCCUCCUCUGAGCCCAGCUCUGCCCCGGCUCCCCUGGGGGAGGCUAGCCCCGCCCCUGAGCCCCAGACAGAGGCUAGCCCCGCCCCUGAGCCCCAGACAGAGGCUAGCCCCGCCCCUGAGCCCCAGACAGAGGCUAGCCCCGCCCCUGAGCCCCAGACAGAGGCUAGCCCCGCCCCUGAGCCCCAGACAGAGGCUAGCCCCGCCCCUGAGCCCCAGACAGAGGCUAGCCCCGCCCCUGAGCCCCAGACAGAGGCUAGCCCCGCCCCUGAGAUAUCUCCAGUGGAACCUGAGCCAUGCCUACCCCCUGAGACGGGCCUUGCGCCUGCUGCCCCUGUAGAGGCUUCCCCAGUAGAGGCUGCCCCUGUAGAGGCUGCCCCUGUAGAGGCUGCCCCUGUAGAGGCUGCCCCUGUAGAGGCUGUUCCUGUAGAGGCUGCCCCAGUAGAGGCUGUUCCUGUAGAGGCUGCUGCCUCUGUAGAACAGGCUGCCCCAGUAGAAGAGGCUGCCCCAGUAGAGGCUGCUCCAGUAGAGGCUGCUGCCUCUGUAGAAGAGGCUGCCCCAGUAGAAGAGGCUGCCCCAGUAGAAGAGGCUGCCCCAGUAGAAGAGGCUGCCCCAGUAGAAGAGGCCGCCCCAGUAGUAGAGGCCACCCCUGUAGAAGAGGCUGCCCCAGUUGUAGAGGCUGCCGCCCCUGUAGAGGCUGCCCCCCCUGUAGAGGCUGCCCCUGUAGAGGCUGCCCCUGUAGAGGCUGCCCCUGUAGAGGCUGCCCCUGUAGAGGCUGCCCCUGUAGAGGCUGCCCCUGUAGAAGAGGCUGCCACAAUAGAGGCUGCUGCCUCUGUAGAAGAGGCUGCCUCUGUAGAAGAGGCUGCCUCUGUAGAAGAGGCUGCCCCAGUAGAAGAGGCUGCCCCAGUAGAAGAGGCUGCCCCAGUUGUAGAGGCUGCCCCUGUAGAAGAGGCUGCCCCGGUUGAAGAGGCUGAUGCCCCAGUUGUAGAGGCUGCCCCAGUUGUAGAGGCUGCCCCAGUAGAAGAGGCUGCCCCAGUAGAAGAGGCUGCUGCCCCUGUAGAAGAGGCUGCCCCAGUUGAAGAGGCUGCCCCAGUUGUAGAGGCUGCUGCCCCUGUAGAAGAGGCUGCCCCAGUAGAGGCUGCUCCUGUAGAAGAGGCUGCCCCAGUUGAAGAGGCUGCCCCAGUUGUAGAGGCUGCUGCCCCUGUAGAAGAGGCUGCCCCAGUAGAAGAGGCUGCCCCAGUAGAGGCUGCUGCCCCUGUAGAGGCUGCUGCCCCAGUAGAAGAGCCGGCCCCAGUUGUAGAGGCUGCCCCUGUAGAAGAGGCUACCCCAGUUGUAGAGGCUACCCCAGUUGUAGAGGCUGCCCCAGUAGAAGAGGCUGCCCCAGUAGAAGAGGCUGCCCCAGUAGAAGAGGCUAGCUCUGUAGAAGAGGCUAGCUCUGUAGAAGAGGCUGCCUCUGUAGAAGAGGCUGCACCAGUAGAGGCUGCACCAGUAGAGGCUGCUCCUGUAGAGGCUGCUCCAGUAGAGGCUGCUCCAGUAGAGGCUGCUCCAGUAGAGGCUGCUCCAGUAGAGGCUGCACCAGUAGAGGCUGCUCCUGUAGAGGAAGUUCUCCCCUCUCCUCCUGAGGAGCUGGUUGCUCCUGAGAUUGUAGAAGUUGUGGGCAACGAAGACACUGUUGUGAAACCACGAUUUGUGCCUGACCCCAAACUGCUGGACCAUGGGCAGGCACACCCUGAGGAUGCUGACCUGUACAGCACACGAGGGUGAAGAGGAGGGGA